AUGAUGUAACGCAUUAUGUCAGAGCAACAAAGAAUACUAUGUUCUCAGCAAACACUCGUCUUUCUGCCGCUCUUUUACCAGAGACCCACCCAGUCACAUGGAUUAAAAGGGAGGGGAAAGAAGGAGGGGGCUUCAAGAAGCUGUACGACUCUUUCCAGUAAAUCGAAGGGAAACAGGAAAUACCUUCCUCUAUCUUUCUUCUGUCUGGUUUCAGCUUGUUAACUCCUGCCUCACUUGGUACCAGGCUCCAACAGAGAGGGUGUGUUACUCUCUCUUUCAUUUGGAUGUAAAGUAACAGUACAGAUUUCUGAAGAUGGAAAAAGGAUACCCACCACAGGAUUCAGCUCCACCGUACCCUGGGCCGCCCAUGAACUAUGGGGGUGCAGUGCAACAACCAGGGAUGUACCCUCAGCCUUCUGGGCCUCCACCUGCUGUUUAUCAGGGAGGUGUUCCUUAUGCUGUGGGCCAGGUUGCACCUACCACAACAGUGACUCACUUGGUCGUAGCACCGGCACUACAUGAUGUCCCAGGACAGACCGUGUGUCCUCACUGCCAGCAGACAGUCAUCACCAACACGGAGCACACCACCGGCCUGUUGACCUGGGCCGUCUGUGGAGGCCUCGCCCUCUUUGGGUGUUUUCUUUGCUGUUGUAUCCCGUUCUGCGUUGAGUCCUGUCAAGAUGUGAAGCAUUGCUGUCCUUCUUGCCAAAAUGUCAUCUACAUAUACAAACGGAUUUGAAACUGACUGUGAAUGGUGGAGAAAAUCCCUCACUUGCUCUGCAACAAUCUUUUUUUUGGACUGAUCAAAAUGAUUAUCCAAAAUGCCCUUAUCCUAUACGGACAUAUUCACUGUCAUUGUGCCUCUUUCACCUUUUAAAUUGAAUGCUAAUGAUAAAUAUAUCAUACUGUGUUAUAUUCGUGGAACAUGUGUAAUUAAUUUAACAACAAACAUUCCAAUAAAAACACAAAAAAACGUU